UAACAAAGAAGGAGCCCGGAAGAGGUAAGACUGCAUCGCGCGUCCAUCUACUACUCCAUUCAAACCAGCACUGAUUACGACUGUCGUUUCAAGAAAAGAGAAAUGAGAAUAAAUAGAGGGUUAAACUGGGCAAUUAAGCAGCUUCAGUUUAGCUCUGCAAUUACUUGGCACCAAAGCCAUUCAAUUCGCGAAUCAUCAUUUCUUGGUUCUGCUAUUGCCAAUGCAUCUCACCUCUUUUCUCGGGCUUACUCAACCGAAUUGCAAUCACAUUUAUCCCCUGACCUUAUUAGAAUUAUGGAGCAAAGGCUAUCGGCUAUUGAGCAUAGAAGUGCUUAUCUUGAGAAUUUUAUAGAUAAGCUAGAAGCCUCGCCUGCAGAAUAUUCAAGGGCUAAUAAAGAGCUGCGGAAACUCAGGAGGCCAGUGGAGCUUAUAUCUGAGUUGAGGUCUAUACAGAAGGAGAUCGAUGGUUUGAGGUCAUUGAUGGCUGAAUGUCCAGAAGAUAAACACAUGAUUGAUAUGGCAAAUGAGGAAUUGAAUCAGGCCAUAGAAGAAGAGAAAAGGCUUCAAAAUGUGUUGUUGAAGUCAUUACUCCCGACAGACGAUGCUGAUGAGAGGGAUUGUAUUUUAGAAGUGAGAGCAGGAACUGGAGGGGAAGAGGCUUCUUUAUUUUCCAUGGAUAUAUUUAGAAUGUACGAGAGGUACUCACAAAAGAAAGGUUGGAAAUUUGAAGUGGUUGAUAUAACAGAAUCUGACUUGAAAGGAUACAAGGAAGCGAGUGCUGCAAUUUCAGGAGCUGGUGUUUUCGGAAAGCUUAAAUUUGAGAGUGGAAUUCACAGAGUUCAGCAGCGUGUUCCUGUGACUGAGAAAUCUGGACGUGUUCACACUAGUGCUGUGUCUGUUGCCAUCCUUCCUCAAGCUGAUGAGGUAGAUGUUCAGUUGAGGAAUGAAGAUUUGAGAAUCGACACUUAUAGGUCUGGUGGUUCUGGUGGCCAGCAUGCAAAUACCACCAAUAGUGCUGUCAGAGUAACUCAUCUACCAACUGGGAUGACAGUCUCCAUACAAGAUGAGCGAUCCCAGCAUAUGAAUAAAGCAAAAGCCCUCAAGGUGCUGUGUGCAAAGCUUUAUGAAAUUGAAAGGUCAAGAAUUCAGAUGAGUCGAUCAAAACUUCGAUCUGAGCAGAUUGGAAGUGGAGAUAGAUCUGAACGCAUUCGGACUUACAAUUUUCCUCAAGGGCGUGUCACUGAUCACCGUGUUGGCAUCACUCAUCAUGCAAUAAAUAAUAUGAUGCAGGGAGAGAGUCUGGAUGUGUUUAUUGAUGCCCUUCUUCUGCAGCAGGAAAUGGAUGCAAUUGCAUCAUUCAGUUGUGCAGAGUAACUCUGGUAACUCUACCAAUUGCAUCAUUCAGUUGUGUAUCAUAACGGCUCCAACAGAUUUAGAUAAAAUUUUAUAAAAUGAUAUCAAAUUCUUUUCAAAUGCUUAAUUUGUUGUCCCACGAAAGGAAUUAUUCAGUAAUAGAGAAAUGAAUAUUGCAAAUGAAAAUAUCAUUCUUCUUCUUA